UCCUAUCGAUACGGACGUAAUGGCGCAAGAUGUGUGUAAAAUGGGGAACAGAAAUAAUAUUUGUGUAUCAUCAUUGUCGAUGAUGCAUUACUACACACCUAUCUAAAUGUCAUAUUAUUAAAGCAAAGGCUAAAAAAAAGUAACAGCUAAUAUCAUUAUUUAAAGACGGGUUAAUUUGUUUAGAACCACUGGCUCUCCAAGCAUUUUCCAGUUUAUUCCGCCGGUGGAACAAUAUGGCUGCUGCCGGUAGGCCUAAUGCGGUUGACAGGACCAGUGAUCAGACGAGCCCAAAUUCUGAAACAGCACCCGAUUUCGAGCACGGACACGGACAUUAUUUUACGAAAAAAACGUUUCAUAAACCUACGUACUGUCAUCAUUGUACAGAUAUGCUUUGGGGCUUAAUGGGACAAGGCUACGUAUGUGAAGUAUGUAAUUUUGUAGUACAUGAUAGAUGUCUGAAAACUGUUGUGUCACCUUGUUCAACUAUAGCUACCCAUGUAAUUAAGAAACCUGUUCCCCAUUGUUGGUCAGAGAGAGGGCAUUUGAAAAGGAAAUUUUGCAGUGUUUGUCGGAAGCGGAUUGAAGAUAGUUAUGCUGUAAGAUGUGAAGUGUGUGAAUAUUGCGUUCAUGCAGAAUGUCAAGACUUCAGUGUUGCAGAUUGUAAAGAAUGUGCAACCUAUGCCCCAAGCCGAGAUCAGGCAAAGGUUAUUCAGUAUCAUCAUUGGAGAGAAGGAAAUCUUCCUGGAAACUCUAAAUGUCAGCUUUGUAAGAAAACCUGCUGGUCAUCUGAGUGCCUUGCAGGAAUGCGAUGUGAAUGGUGUGGCAUGACGGCUCAUGCUGUUUGUUACAAGAGUUUACAAAAUGAGUGUAACUUUGGUUGUCUGGAGAGCAUUAUGCUGCCACCUAGUUCUGUGAGCAUUCCGCGAACAGAUGUCCCUUUAGAAACUAUUAUUGGCGUGGAAGUUAAAAAAAGAGAUGCUUUAUCUAGAAUAUGUAUAACACGAAGUAUAUCGGAAGAAUUUUCUCCUGGUGAAUGUAAAAACAAGGAAUUUGAUGAUUAUCCUUCGCCCAAAGAAAAAGAUAAAGAUGAUGAAAUUAUAAAGGUCUAUGAUGGAAAUGCUUCAAUGAAAAGAAGAAUGUUCAGGACAAUCACAGUUUCCCGCAAUGCAACUAGGGAGCAGAUGGUUUGUGCUGCAUUGAGAGCAUUUCACAUAUCUGAUGAUCCUAAACAUUACUAUUUGACUGAUGUGUAUGGUGAGCCACCUGAGAAAGAGAUAGAGGAAUUUAUGCCUGUUCAAAGUUUGACAAGAAAAGAAGGAAAAAGACCUGCUAUAUUAUUGAGAUAUAGACCUCCAAAUUCAAAUUUAGGAAGUGUUAAAGUUUAUCCUGGUAAAUUUAGAGCUGCUGAUACACAUAGGGUUAUACCUGUUACAAGUGAUACUAGUGUUGAAGAUGUCAUGUCAGCAACUCUAACGGAAUUUGGAUUGGAUACAUCAGAUAUAAAUAAGUACAGAUUAAGCGAAGUUACUUUAGAUAGAGGAUCUGUGCAUGAAAGAGCAAUGGACAAUCAAGAAGGACCUUGGGAUUUAUUAAAAAACAUAGCUAGAGAAUCUGUCCGGCAAAAAGAACUGACUAGAUUUUACCUCCAAAAAAAAGAAAAUGUUUCAAGUUCCAAUGUAGCUCUCUUUGUAGGCAAUCUCCCACCUAAUUUAUCUCAAAGGCAAUAUGAAAAAAUUCUAGUUGAUAAAUUAGGAAAACCUUAUAAAUUUCGCCAAAUUGGCCCAAUUUAUUAUGAAUAUGGGUCACUUAUCAUUACCUAUGACAAUGCAGACAUUGCUGUCAAGGCUUUCUAUAUGCUGCGUGAAACGAGUUAUGAAGAUAAGAAUUUACUAGUUCUUUUGCUUCCAAAUAUUAUACCAGAGAUGAUUCCUGAAGGAACUAGGCCUCUUUUAGUAUUUGUGAAUGUGAAGAGUGGAGGUUGUCAGGGUUUGGAGCUCAUAUGUUCUUUCCGGAAGCUUUUAAACCCAUAUCAAGUAUAUGAUUUGGAUAAUGGUGGGCCUCUUCCAGGGCUUUAUGUGUUUAGGCACGUGAAAGAUUAUAAAAUUUUAGUUUGUGGUGGCGAUGGAACUGUGGGAUGGGUUCUUCAAUGUCUUGAUAAUGUUGGACAAGAUUCAGAAUGUCAGUCUCCACCAUGUGCUAUUGUUCCUUUAGGAACUGGAAAUGACCUUGCUCGAGUUUUACGCUGGGGACCUGGAUACACCGGUGGUGAAGAUCCUCUUACAUUACUGAAGGAUAUUAUUGAAGCAGAUGAAAUACGAUUAGAUAGGUGGACAGUCGUAUUUCAUGCAGAUGAUAAACCUGAAGAGAAGGCUAUAACUACUGUGGCUAAUAGCUCCGGUUCAACAUCUGAAGACAACACUGCAAUAUUUGUUAUGAAUAACUACUUUGGAAUUGGUAUUGAUGCUGACUUAUGCUUAGAUUUUCAUAAUGCUAGAGAAGAAAAUCCAAACAAAUUCAAUAGCAGGUUACACAAUAAAGGUGUGUAUGUAAAGAUGGGGUUAAGAAAAAUUGUGAGUCGAAAAACAUGGAAGGAUUUGCACAAAGAAAUUCGGUUAGAAGUGGAUGGUAAAAUUAUUGAUUUACCGCCUGUAGAAGGAAUAAUUAUUCUUAAUAUUCUCAGUUGGGGCUCAGGUGCUAAUCCUUGGGGCCCAGAAAAGGAAGAUAGCUUCUCUAAGCCUACACAUUAUGAUGGAAUGCUGGAAAUUGUUGGUGUAACAGGUGUUGUACACAUGGGUCAAAUACAGAGUGGUUUAAGAAGUGCUAUUCGUAUUGCACAAGGAGGACAUUUGAGGAUUCGUUUAAAUACUGAAGUCCCUAUUCAAGUUGAUGGAGAGCCAUGGAUACAAAGCCCAUGUGAAGUUGUAGUUCUUAGGUCAGCAUUAAAAGCAACAAUGUUACGGAAGAGUAAAAUGAAAAGAAGAAACACAGAACCUGUAUUAGCAUCUACAACGGAUAAAGCGACUCCUGAUGAGUGACAUUUUACUGGAAACUUUUUCUAAUAUCUGUUCAAAGUAUAGAGAUCCCUAUAUAGCAUUCAUUCCUGCAAUAUUUUGAUUGCAGAUUAUUGCAUAAAUUUUUAUUUAAAGAUACAUUGAUAUACAGAAGAUGAACGGUUAAAGCAGUUAAAGUAUACCAUGCUAGUCGUACCUCAUUGUCAAAUGUGAAGUUUACAGUUUUGAUCUCGUUUAUUGUCUUAUUUAUUUAUUUAGUUGUUAAUUAUAAUUAUCAACUUGAGUGUAAGUUCUUUAUAUAUGACCUCCUCCACCUUUUUUGUUAUAGUUUUUAUACAUUUUCACAUGCGUUGAAUCUUUUUUUAAAAAUUUGUUUGGUAAUUUGCAACUGUUUGCUGCUCAUAACUGUAAUUUUUUUGGGAGUGCAUUGUUAUAUUAGAUAAAGUAGAUCAUUAUUGGAUUCAUAACCAUAUACACACCUAAAUAUAUAUAAAUUGUAAUUAAAACUGUUUAUUGUAAAUUAUCAAUUUUUACUGUAUAUUAUGAAUUUAUACAGGUUAAGUUAUAAUAUGCCAAACAAUUUCACUAGUCAACUGCCAUGUUAUAUUAUAUUGGCAGUAUAUUUCUCAUUUUGUAAAGAACAGAUGUAAAUUUGCAAAUUUUUUGUCUUUGUUGUGUGUAAACAAUUUAUAUAGUUGUUUAAGUCUAUUUAACUCUAUUUAUAAACAUGUGAACCUCAGUAUUGCCAUGAAGUGUUAGUGUUAUAUUAUUAAAGAGCUACUAAAAAUUAUGAACUUUACCUAUCCUUAGAUGUUUAAAAUGUAGAUAGCUUAGGUCAGAAACUUGUUAAUAUCUUUGUUUUAUAGCAUUUCUAUCAGGUUAAUGUUACUUUUUAAUAAUUCAUUUCACAUUUUGUUACAUUAGUUUUGUUGGUUACAUAUUUUAAUGUAAGUAGUAUUUUGAAAUGUGUGUAUCUGAAAUAGUUUUUUGUGAUUAUUUUAUUAAAUUUGUGUUGUUUAUCAUAAAAUACUCUUAUGCAGUUUUUGUUUUUCAAAUGCUUUUAGAGGAAAUCAAGCUUUAUUUCUAUUUAAAGAAAUUCAUAAGAUAGUACUAGGGGUUUUAUGGCUGUUGUAUAUUAUGAGGUCAAUUAAUACAAAAAUACAGCCAUGAUUAUUAAAGUCUAUUCCGCCCUAACAUUUCCCUUGCAUGAGAGCACAAAUGCAUAUUUUUUUUUUUUCCUUUAAGGAAGGUACACCAUACGAGCAUCAUAGCAGAAGGUACAGCGUACGAGCAUCAUAGCUAAAUUGUCACAUUACUUUUGUAUGCCCAUGCUGCAUUGUCUUCCUUCUAGCCCUAUAUCUACAUAUGUAUUUGGAACUGUUGUUACAUGAUUUUCCUUUUCUUUGGAUUAAUAAGAAUCUCAAGUCUAAAAUGUAUUUAAAAAAUCUUCGUUGCUUCUGAAUUAUUUUUAAUCUUAAGCAACUACCAUAUGUCUCUAUUUAGUGCUUUUCUUAUCGCUUUGCUUUAACGUUUGUAAAUAGGCAUUUUUUGUUUUUUUAUCUUUGAACCUUUGUGUUUAUUUUGUUUGGGCUGAAGAAAAGUUUUUAUAAAUAAUUUAUUUCAGUUUUUAUGUGAAUGUUAAAAUAAGAAAUGCAAGUGAUAAUGUAAGUAUAUUUCCAUCUGUUUAUUGAAAAUAUGAAAAGGUUGUAAGAUAAAUGAUAGAAUAGGGAACUAUCAGUUAUGUAAGUUUUUGGCUAUGCGACUUGAAUAACUUAAAAGGGGGAGGGUAAUAAAAAUUUUUUGGAAAUGUAGAAAAGAGUGUUUGCUAAUCUUCUGCAAAUAAUGAAGACAUGGCAUUUCAAGUCUUCUCUUCCAUGAAAUUAGCCUUUUCUGUAGAAUGUGAGAAUUCUUUCUUCUAUAUCUAUAAAUAUAAACCAUUUCUUCCCUUGCUGUAUUGUCUUAGACAAUAGAAUUUAUUGUAAUCUUGAGAUUUUCAAGAAUGCACUAUUUUCUGUAAGUGCAUUAUUACUAAAUAUUUUGUAUAUUAACUUUUGUGGAAUUUAUUUUUUCCCUGAUCGCUUUAUUAAUAAAAAUUUUAUUUCACUUAUCUUUACUAUUUGAUUGAUUAUUGAUAUUAACUAAAUUGUAUCUGAUAAGAAAUAUGAACUUAGUAUGAAUAGUCAGCUGAAUGAAUUCACUUUGAAUUAACUUAUAGAUUCUGUCUCCUGUUUAGAUGUGUAUGUAUCUUGGUGUAUGUCGUACAUUUGCAUGCAUACAUGUAUGUAUGUACAUACACGCUGAUUAUAUGUGCACGUUAUAUACGUAUGUGUGUGUAUAUAUGUAUAUUUUCCGUUUGAGUCUGUACCAUUUUCUUGACUCUUAUUGACUUAAAACAUUUUUAUCUGUAUAAUCAGUAAAAAUUAUACAGAUAAAAAUUCUAAGAGCUGUUAUUUCCUCAUUCUUAAAAUAUAUAUUUUUUUAACAGAGCAAAUUUAGUAAAUUAAUUUAUUGAGAAAAGGUGUGACUCAGUUAACAUGUGUGAACAAUAAAAAAAUCCUGUUAUUUAUACCAUGUAAAUAUACAAGAUCGAUUAUUAUUAUGUUAUUAAUCUGUUUGUUUUGAAAUUGAAUUGCUAUAUUUUUGGUCAUAAUAUACAGACUGUUGGAUAUGAAGUGUAGACUUGUGUUAAAGUAAAUGAAAAUGUGUAAUUUUUAGUUGUCCAAGACAAUGCAUAGCCCAGCAUUACUGCAACAUCUGCCAAAUAUAUUCUGAUGUGUAUCACUAGUCAUAUUCCUCCCAUCUCCAAAGAGGUCACAUAAUUUAUUGAAAAAUAUAUUUGUUGUGAGUCUGUAAUAUUGUUUUACUUUAUUUAAAAGAUGUGGAAGGGAAGGGAUUUUGUUGUUUCUCAAGGAGACUAUACAUUGCAUACAAUCUAGUUUUAAAAUAUCUAGUCCAUAGUUAAGUGUUUUAAAACUAGUUUGAAAGAUAUGUCUCCUUGAUUGUUAAAGCUUGUACAUUAAAUAUACAAAAUACUGAAAACAUAUUUAUAUAUCCUUCUAGUCUAAAAAAUAAAAUUUCUAUAUUUUUUUCCUGUGUAUAGUUUAUGACAAGCUUUUAAAUUGUCUAUUUAUGCACAGAAUUCUAUGUGAAAGUAAAUACUGUAAACGUGUAAUGCAACAAUAAAUCACAAAUCUUAAUUUAUGUUAAGACCCCCCUCCCAAAAAAAAUUAUAAUUCAGUAAUGGUUAUAAAGUCUUGAUGUAUAUGAAAUCAAUAUCUUGUAUGAAAUGUAUGUUUAGAAUAUUUUGGGUAAUUUCAAAUUUACUGGAAUUCAGUUGGUCUGAAACUUUAUGUAUAACAUCCUUUAUAUAAAAAAAAGAAAUUAUUUUCAUUAUAUGUCUCUUUCUUGCUGCUUUGCCUGAAGCACUUUUUACAGGUAGAGAUAUUGUUUUUGUAAAUGGGUAAAAUUUAAAAAUAUGUUAGAGAUCGCAGUGGUUUGCAUAAAUGUUAAGUAAUAGUCUUGACUUGAACUGGUUUUACUCUGUAUAGUUUUACCUGGUGCAUACUGUUUGUUUUCUAGGUAUAAAAGUAUUCUCAGAUUCAUAUAAAUUACUAUUUCAAAUUUUUUCAGCUGUUGCUCUAAAAAUUACUGUUAAUAAUCAUUAGUUAUUAUAUGAAAGUAUUUCAAAUGCAUUUUUUACAUUUAAAGCUUGCUUUAAUGUUUAUUUCUCGUUGAGUGAAAUUUUCUGAAUAUAAAAAAUAUGUAUGAUAAAACCUUCAUGAUCACAUACUUCAGAAUGUUACCUCCUUAUAUAAAUGCUAGGUACAGUAUUUCUGUCAUCUAUUUUUUCAGUUUGGUGAAAUGAGAAACUGAACAGUAUUCAUCUUUUACGUGGUUACUUAUUCAAAUUAACUGUCACGUUUUUCAAUUGAAGUGACCUGAAAUAUUCUGUUCUCCCAACAGAAAUAUAUUGAAGUAGUUUUUCAUUUUUGCUGUAAAUGUUGUAUGUAUUAUAUUAAUUUUAUUAAUUAAUAUAUUUAUGUAAUAUAUUAAUUUUUAAAAAUUAUCAUAUGCAGUUUAAAAUGAAGUAAAAUCUUUCUUUUAUUAUUGUAAUCCAAAUUGUGUAUAUAAGUGCAUUUUUUAAACUAUGCUUUAAAGUUUGAGACGUUUGAUAUUUUUUUAAUAUGAUCUGUUUGAAAUUAUGCAAAAUCACUGCCACCCCUUUCAUAUUGUGUUGCAGUUUCUGUAAUAACAAACAUUUCACUAUCUGAUGAGUUAUGACUUUUUAACCCUUAUAAAUACAUUUUUUACUGAAACCUGAGCAAUAAAAAAAAAAAUUCUUUUCUAUGUUGUCUCAGUUUCACAUCUAAUACAUAUAUGUGUUCAGCGAAGAAAUUUCAUUUGCACAAAACAUCCAAAUCUGUAAAGGUGUUAUUUUUUAGAUAUUUAUUCAUAAUCUUAAUUUUUAUACCUGCUGCUGAAUUAAUAAGCAUUUUAUUCUUAUAGCUUUCAUUGUUUGUACUAUUGUGUAUGGCAUGCAUAUGCAUGCUACUAAAUGACUCAAAAUAUGAAAAAAAUUAUUUUUAUUGAAAACUAUAGUGCUGAUUUUUUCCAUGAAUUAUGAUUUUAGAAAUUGCACUGAUGUUAAAUGACUUCUUUUUGUUUUUUCAAACAAAAUUUUUCAUAGUUAAUACAUAAGUCAAUGUAUCUUGAAGAAAAAUAUUUCAUUUACUGCCUUCAUAUCAUGGUAUAUUUUGAAAGGCCUGUUAGAAUUGUAAAUUUGGAAGAAUGAUGCAAACACAUGUUAAGGAAAAGAUUUAGUGGCUCAACAUGAGGUUAAUGAAUAAAUUUGAAACAUAAUUUUUUAACUUCAAAUUCACACAAGUGUUCAAAUUUUCACAGAAAACCUCUUCCUCUAAUUCUAGAUAAUCAAAUCUACCUAUUCUGAACAACAUCAUAACGUUUGUUUAAUGUUUUGAAUACCAUAUUCCUUCAGAAAAAUGUGCUUUGGUUGAGCCCAGCGGCGAUUGUGCACAAAAUUAAACUUGGAUAGUUUUUUUAUUUUCCAAGCUGAAGUAAUAUAUAUUGAUUUCUUUUAUUUGAUUCUAGCUUCAUUUGUUUGGAAGAGCUAUCAGAACCAAGCUAUCUUAGAACAUCCUGUGUAAAAAUUUCUUAUAAGGAAAUUUUUCAUGUAUUUUGCCAUUUUGAAGGAGUUUGAUUUGAUUGCAGUAUUUUCGUGGUUUUAUAUUCAUUAUAUAUAGUCUGACAACUUCUGUUACCAAGUUUAGAAAUUUUUGAGGAAAUUGUGCAAUUUUUUUAAAUAUGUCUGUCUAUUCCUAAUUUUAAGUUCUUUGAAAAUGUGAGUUAAUUGUACAAGUAUUUUGUUCUAAAAUAAUCUUGACUGUUGCAUCUGCAUAAUUUUCGAAGGCAGUAAAAUGUGAUAAAUAUCAGUUUUAAAACAAUAAUGAAGAUACUGACAUUUGUAAUGAAUUUCAUUUAAUAUAUAAAAUAUUUCAGAUCAUUCA